AAGAACAACCACAAGAUGAAGAAGUGAAUAAUAACGAAAUCAAUCAUAUCCUAGGUUCAAAUGAAAAUAUUUCAGAUCCAAAGCAAUCAACCUCAUCUAAUUGGGGAUUGUUAAGAGUGUUGGUAGGAGCUCACCAAGGAUGGGUGCGAUCUGUUGAAGUUGAUCCAGUUACAAAUAAAUGGUUCGCUACUGGUUCUUCAGAUUCAACCAUUAAGAUAUGGGAUUUAGCCAGUCUGAAAAUCAAAGCAACUUUAACAGGUCAUAUAAUGGCUGUGAGGGCAAUGGCUAUCUCUUCAAAAUAUCCUUAUCUAUUUUCUGGUUCUGAAGAUAAAACUGUACGAUGUUGGGAUUUAGAACGAUCCAACUCUCCUUCUGGAGCUCAGAUUCGUGAUUAUCAUGGUCAUGUGGGAGGUAUUUAUUCAAUGGCAUUACAUCCUGAACUUGAUUUAUUAUUCACAGGAGGUAAGGAUGCUGUGGUUAGAGUAUGGGAUUUAAGAUCUCGAUCUGAUAUAAUGGUAUUAACAGGACAUAGAAGUGAUAUAAGUUCAGUGGUGGCACAAACUAGCGACCCACAAGUCAUAACAAGUUCAAUGGAUGGUACUAUUAGAUUAUGGGAUCUUAGAAAACAAUCAACAGCAUUAACAAUAACACAACAUACCAAAAGUAUACGACUGAUGGUUCUUCAUCCUCAAGAAAUGACCAUGUGUUCAGGUGAUACCAAUGGUAACCUUAAGCAAUGGUUAUUACCAGGUGGUCAAUUAUUAAAUGAAUUCGGAAAUCCUGAUGAUGGUAAAAUUAUUAACACAUUGAGUAUUAAUCCUGCCACCAAUGUUUUAUUUGCCGGUUAUGAUGAUGGAAAAGUUGAAUUUUAUGAUUAUAUCGAAGGGAAUUUACUUCAAAGUGAUAGUACAGCUCCUGUUACCGGCUCUAAUGAAUCUGCUAUAUAUGCUUCAACAUUUGAUAUGCUGGGAUUAAGACUAAUUACAUGUGAAGGAGAUAAAAGUAUUAAAGUUUGGGGUGAAAAAGUAAAAUAAGUA